AUGUAAUAAUAGUAGCAUCCAAAUAACGAGAAGAGAGCAAAUAAAAUUGGUAAGCCUAAGGGAAUGAACACUUAGAAGCCUUUGGAGAAAACAAAUGCGUGGAGCUCAGACUAACAGAGUACUUAAGCAAUUUAGGCACUUUCUCGUUUGGGGCGAUUUAUUUGUUUUUAGCAGACUGGCAUAAAAAGGGUAGCAAUUGAACAACAGGACUAAAAUGGAGCAACAGUCGAUUAGAAUAGUAGAGUGGAGCUGAAUGAGCAGUCUAAGGCAAAACAAAAGUAAAAAGGAGAUGCUUCUGGGAUAUUUCUAAAUUCUGCUUAAAUAAAGAUUCCAAAACUUGUAGGAGAAUAUUGCAAAAUUAUUGAGAAAUCCAAAAAAAAUUGUAUUGUCUUCUUCUUCAGAUCAUCAAAUCCUGAAUUUCAAAUUAUAGAAGGUGUUCCAAAACUUAUGAAUAAUAAUUUUGAAGAUUAUAAAGAAUAUCCUUCACUAAAGAAAUUGGCUCCUAUGUUAAAUUAAAAGUUUCUCAAUGAGUAUUUUACAUAUUUGAAGUUCUAACAUUAGUUAUUGUAAUACUAAGAUUUACAACAAAUGUAUCGAGAACAACAUAACAAAGUAUUAAGCAGUGCUGAAACCAUUUUAUAAUGCCUUUUUACAAAAUAUUUAAUUAAAUCUUAUAAUGAUGUAGAUUUAAUUUCCAAAAAAGAUUUUGAAGAAAGGGUGCAAAGCCGAUAUGAAAAAUUCUACGAAUUAGAAUAAACCCAAUAGGAUUACGAAUUGUAUAUUAAGGAAUUACUUGCCUGCAUGUAAGUGGAGGAGGAUUAUGAUUAAUAAUACGUAUCUGAUUGA